UAGAGAUUUCAAGGUUACGGCGCCAACUCUAGUGCUUAGUGCUAACUUACUAUGGGUGGAUUUAUCCGCAACGUUUCCAUGUAAGCCUAAUCAUCGCCCAGUGUAAUAACGAUCAUCUGUGCGUUCAUGUAAUCAUAGAAUUUGUCAUUUCAUAAUGUACUUUUUAUCGAAUAACUAGAUCAUGCUGUCAGUUUUGUACAAAACGUGAUAAUUGAGCAGCUAUAACAAAUAAGAUGGCAAGACUAUAAUUUGCGGACUAAUCAAUCAGGUGUAAGAUAAUAGAUCUCGGAUUUUAACGCGAAAGCCUUUCAUCCAUUUGGCUAAAUAAAUUUCUGCCAUUAUAGCUGUUGUCAGUUCGUAAUGAAAACCCCAUAUAUAAUUCCUAAGGCAAAUUACGACAAUUAUUGCGAACUGGAUAAUAGAAGCACCCAUAACACUGGCUGCAGCCAGAUACUACAAUAUAUACGGAUGUUUGGAGAGCGUACAGACUCACACAUAGGCUUGGUUAUGUGCAUCGUGUCGUUAUCCACAAGUAGCAUUUCGUCCACUCAACAACAGGAGUUCACAUAAACAAUAUUGAAGCUAUAUGGUCGAGGCUAAGAGAGUAUUUAAGACUUUAUCAUGACUCCAGAGGCCGACUAUUUUGUAGCCGUAUGGAUGAUUUCCUCUGCUGCAUACAUUACGAUUUUAGAACUUCUUCCUAACUUCUACAAGUUUUUGAACCACGUAUAAGAAGUGCAUCCACUUUAUUUCCUUGGUUUUGUAUAACAUUUUUACUCUGUAGUGACUGCUUGCUGAUCGGCUAAUAUUUCUCAAGGUCACUUAAGAUUCGUUCAAAGAUCGUCCAUAAAUUAGAGUCUCUCUGGAUAUCCUUUUGUUAAUCCAACUCAAGUGUUUCGGGUAACCGAUGUAAAGAUACAACUCAACUUAACAUAGUCAUAUGCCCACUAAAAUCGCGUCAUCACUCUCAAAAAUGUUUCCAACUCUUGCAUCGCGUUGUAAAUAGCAAGAUUAAAAUCAGCUGUAACAAUAAUUAUAAGUCUAUAGGCCGGUGAGCUUCUGUAAAAACUCGUCCUGUUUCUGUUCCGUAUAUCAGGACAACUAAGCUUUCCAGGGUGGAAAAUAGCAAUAAGGGGUAAAAAGGUUGGAUAUCGAAAGUCAACUCGUUCAUGGGGAUGAAACCCCAAGGACCCGUCACUACCCAUUACAGUAAAACGCAGAAGUCCCCAAUUAUAGGCCGUUAAGUCCUGCCUAGCAAAAAUACUUCCGGCACGUUUGAGAAGACAGCAACGAAAUUCACUCUGAUAAUCGAAAGAGGAGUGGCAAGAUUGGGGAACCUUGUCCGAUCCCACUGAUUUAGUGUCUCAAUAGAGAGGUGUUUGUGUGCCCGCACUCUCCCUGAAAUGUUUGUAUGUAAGGUUGUCUAGACGGUAAUAAACUUGUCAGGCACACCAUUAAACAGACAAUCCCGGAAAAUAGUCCUGUCCAACAAAUCCUCUAUAAGUCACCUCACUUCGAUUCAUCAAUUGUUCUACGGGCCUCUGUAUUAUAGCUAAGUUUGUGUAAUUAAAGCUUUUUUCCGCUGUCUAAGGUCAUCAUCCUUUGGAUUUUAGUUUGUGCUAUAGAAAGUCUAAAAACACCUCUCUAUGUUAUAGCAUUAUGCAACGGAGAUUUCGAGUCAUUUUGUGCUACUCAUGACUUUCUUAUAGCGUCCAGAAUUUCUACGAAUCAUAACUUAUAGUUAUAUUCACGCCUGUUCUCACUGUAAUUCAUCUUAAAGCUAAUUUGGAGGAAAUAAAAAGAGAAAUUGCAAUGUUAUCAUUUUGUGGCUGGUUACAUUUUAUUCUUUUAAAUUUUACAACUCGUUUCUUAAUACUCUGUCGACCUCAUAUUCCCAGUAAAUAUCUAACAAUGUAGUUAAAUGCUUUCCAAUCGUUUCUUAAGAAAACCAUUACUAUAUUGCGUAAGGUGACUGUCUUUUUCUGUAUUUUCUAUACAUAAUUGCCUUAUCUCACUGGACAUGGUUGCCAACUCAUUUAGAUAAUGAUGGGUUUCAGCGCAUUUGAACGCAGAUCUUGCUAUCCAGAUCGAAAGUGAAGUUCAUGGAGGAGGAAUUUUCUGCAACUAUCAAGGAAUAUCAAACCGUUUUAGAGUCAGUGGAUAAAAAGCUUACAUCAGUCAUUACUAACGAUCGAUUUCUUAAUGACCUUAUUCCGAAGUCCAAUCACGAAGGUGAAUUCGUAAACUUGCCAAUAAACAGAGAAGUGAUGAAUGCUAUAGAAAUUCACUUUGGGCGAGUAAGUCCUGUUUCUGUAGCAUACCUGUUUUACCACAAAAUAACAGCCUCAAACAUUAAUAUGUAUUUCAGUAUUUUCGUUAAGCUUGACCUACAUAUUCUGUUAGUCUAUUCGUGAGAUUUGAGACGACAAGGAAAAGUGAUUCUGACUGAGGAUCCAUCAAAUUUCCAAUGGUUUAAAUACAUAAUGAAUGGCUCACUAUAUGUGUAUGUUUGGGGAGGGUGGUUAUCUGGGCUAUGCGUCUAACGUUGUUGAGAGGAGAUGGUGUAAGACUACCUAUGGUAGUUCCUGUUGAUGCUCGUGUUUUGGAAUUGCGAUGGGCAGUACAAGAUGCAGUUACUUCGUACAUGAACCAUCUCCAUAGUGCAUCAAAUUUACCAAAAGAUAACUGUAAAGAAGAUUCCGCCGACUGUAUUCCGUCCAGCAAUAUUCCUUCGAAGUCGAUUAGCUGGCGUAAUUUGUGGAAAACGAAAUGUCUAGCUCUAGUGAACCCACAUAGUUUGUGUUCAUCAGAAGGUCUUCCGUCUAUCAGUGCUAGACUAGAUGUAUUAACUAAUAAGUUAUCAUAUUAUCAAAUUCGUAAUGGUGCAGUGAUCACUUUUGCUCCUCAGCUUAAGCGAAAAUGAACAUUAAUGUGUUUUUACUACUUCACUAAACUAUAUUUAAGUUUUCCUCUUUUGCGAUCUCAUUGCUUUUACUUGCCAAAUAAAGUAGUCAUAAGUUA